AAUAAAAUAUUACAAAAAGGCGAAGUAAAAACCUGCUGCUCCUCUCUUGUAAAAACACAGUGGUAUGGUUCGAGAGUGACGUUACCCGCGCGAUGAGCUUCAACAUGAUUUUCGCGUUCUCCUCCCUCUCGAUGUUGCUACUCUGAGCUUCUCCGUCGAAUUCCUCUACAAAUUUUACUCAUUUUCGGAGAAAUUCUAUAUCUGUUACUCAUUGAGCGAGAAUUUAGGGCUUUUUUUUCGUCAGUGGAGAAGAUGACAGCAACGGCUUCUGUUUCUUCUCCCUGGAUUCCCGAAGAUGACCUGUUGCUUAAGAAUUCAAUCGAGGGUGGAGCUUCACUAGAAGCACUUGCUAAAGGAGCAGUAAAAUUUUCACGCAGAUUUACCUUUCGUGAAAUUCGAGAUCGAUGGUAUUCUCUUCUCUAUGAUCCCGAUGUUUCAGCUCAAGCUUCUGCUCGCAUGGCUGAACUUGAACUCUCUGGUUCUAAUCCAAACCCAUCAUCAAAAUUCAAACUAGACAAUUUAAAAGGAACUGAAAAAGUCCUUGAAAAGAGAAAAACCGGAAGCAUCCGGAAACAAUAUCAUUCGUGGCGGAAAAGAAUAAAAAACGAAUUUUUUAGCUCCCAAAAUCUUGGCUUUUAUGAAGAACGCAGCCUUCAUAACUACAACCAUCCAGAACAUAAAUUUCAAGAUCAUGUGACAACCAAUCACGUGGCUCCAGGUGGCGAUGCCAUGUUGGAUGAUUGCCUCGCGAAUAAUCUAGGGUUUGAGGAAAAGGAUUUUGAGAUAUUACGCCAGGCUUUCCCAGAAUCAAUAGGAAGCAUUGCUACUACUGCUACAACUACAGUUAUUGAUAAUCAUAAUCCUAAUCCUUUUCAUAUGGAAAGAUGCCAUAAGUCUGUUGAAAAUGAUUUUAUUAAUGGGAGGGAAGAAGAAGAAGAAGGCGACUUGUUUAAAUUUCCAGAAGAUAUUUCCCCUUCAAGAAAUGAAUUAAUCGGUUCUUUUGAUCCAAUAAAAAACGCCACCUGUGCAUCUGAAACUCCUCCCAAUCUCAAAACUGAUAAACCAGAGUCUGGAUUUGGAGGGAAACACCAUUUCAGCUCCCCUGUUUCAGAUGGAAGUGCUUCAUUUCCUUUAUCAUUUUCAUCUCCAUCAACUAGACUACCUUUAUGGAAGACGUUAGAAGACGUUUCUGCCCCUGAUAUGCCAGUUGAUGACAACAAUGCAGAAAGUCAUCAAGUCACAGAAGAAACAUUACCUCCACUCCCUGAUGAUUCUGAUCACAUCAGGGAGAAUAAAACUUCACCAGGGGUAGUAGUGUCCCUUUUGGGAAACAGACCUAAUGGUUUUAUAAAUUCAAGUGGUGUUCAUGAGGGUGAAUACACAGAUCUACCAGAUUCUCUUCUCAACUUGUCAAAUGAAGAUGAUAUUCUUUUCAUGGAUGUAGAUGUGAAGGAUCAUAUGAAAGACACAAUGGAUGAUGUUCCUAAUCAAGAAGUUGAUUUAUGCAAUGUUGAUGUAAUUCCUGGUGUUCAAGAUGAUGUGGCAUCAACAUCAACAUCAGUAUCACAGAUAGAAUCUGUUCAGCUUACAGAAGGGCAAAUCAUUUGCACUUUGAACAGGGAAGAUCCAGACAUACCAUGUAAUGAUGAUAUCUUUUUACUGAUUCACCCUUCUACUCCUUUUCCUCCUUGUAUUGGACAAGUUGCUACAACAGAUUCCAUGUGUCCAUUGUCUCCUUCAUCUCAUGAGAAAGAUGAACAGGGGAUAAUCACAGUAAGAAAAGGGAAAGAUCUUACUCCACCAUGUUUCCCAAGGCCAAGUGCUUUGCCUGAAUUUGGGUCUGUUUUCAAACGCGAGCCUUCUGAGGUUGAAUAUCGGGCCCCACUUCCUGUGAAGCCGAAUAAUCAUCUUAGGAUUCCUGGUCAAACUAGGUCAAUGCAAUUACACACACCUCUAGAAAUCACCCGGAAUGGAAUGGUGGAGGAAGGUGGUGCUAAAGCUGAACUUCAGGGUUUAGGAAGCCCAACAUUGUACAAUGAGAUGCCAUUGCCUUUAGAAGUUGGGAGUGUGAAAAUGAUUGAUCCAGAAUCAAUGGAUGAUUCUAAUGUAUCGGAUCAGAACAACUCUGAUGAUGAUGCUGACAUACCUUACUUCUCUGAUGUUGAAGCUAUGAUACUGGAAAUGGACUUGACUCAUGCUCAGGAGUCAUGCCUCGCAAGUGAAGUUGUGAGAAAUGAAUAUGAGGGAAGUAAAAAGAUGAUCAUUAGACUGGAACAGGCUGCACGUUCUUCAUUCCAAAGAGCCCUGUCAUCUCAGGGAGCUCUUGCUAUUUUUUAUGGGCGUCGUUUAAAACACUAUAUUAAGAAAGCCGAGGUGACAAUUGGGAGAUCAACAGAUGACACUGAGGUUGAUAUUGAUCUAAGAAAAGAAGGGCGUGCCAACAAGAUAUCUAGGCGCCAGGCUAUUAUAAAAAUGGAAACAGAUGGAUCAUUCAGUCUAAAAAAUCUUGGGGCAAGUUCAAUCUCAUUAAAUGGCAAAGAAGUCGCUCAUGGACAGGUGGUUGCACUAAGUUCAACUUGUUUAAUUGAGAUAAGGGGGAUGAGUUUUGUGUUUGAGACGAAUGACAAGUAUGUGAGACGAUUCUUGGGCAAGCAACGAAAGUAAGAGUAGAAGAAGGUUUUGAAGAGAGAGACAAGAGUGUUACUAUUAGUAUUAGGGAUCCCUUGUUAUUAUUAUGUACUUGUGUGUGAAAAUGUUCAUCUUUGUAUGAAUGUAUUAUAUUCCAUAAAAUAUGCAAAUAUGCAAUUGUGUA